AUGCUAGCUCAUGUCACCAUGAAGAUGCUACGUCAUGCCAAGUGCUUUCAGCGCCUGCCAAUUUCUGGUUCUGUGAGGGCACUGCAUAAAGAUAAUAGAACAGCAACCCCUCAGAAUUUCUUCAAUUAUGAAUCCAUGAAACAGGACUUCAAACUGGAGAUUCCAGAGUAUUUCAACUUUGCUAAUGAUGUCCUGGACCAAUGGACUGAUAAGGAAAAGGCUGGAAAGAAACCUUCAAAUCCAGCCUUCUGGUGGAUCAAUGGAAAAGGAGAAGAGGUGAAAUGGAGUUUUGAGGAAUUGGGAUUUCUGUCCAGAAAACUUGCCAAUGUACUUUCAGAAGCCUGUUCCCUACAAAGAGGAGAUCGAGUAAUUUUGAUUCUGCCCAGGGUCCCAGAGUGGUGGCUUACAAAUGUGGCCUGUCUGCGAACAGGGACAGUUUUAAUCCCAGGAACCACUCAGCUGACCCAGAAAGACAUUCUCUACAGACUUCAAUCUUCAAAAGCAAAGUGCAUUAUCACCAAUGAUAUUUUAGCCCCAGCAAUAGAUGCUAUUGCACCCAAAUGUGAAAAUCUGCACUCCAAGCUGAUUGUGUCACAGAACUCCAGAGAGGGAUGGGGGAACCUCAAGGAGAUGAUGAAACAUGCCAGUGACAGCCACACCUGUGUGAAGACAAAACACAAUGAGAUGAUGGCCAUUUUCUUUACUAGUGGAACAAGUGGAUCUCCGAAAAUGACUGGGCACACCCACAGCAGUUUCGGUUUAGGAUUAUCUGUAAAUGGAAGGUUCUGGCUAGAUUUGACACCCUCAGACGUGAUGUGGAAUACCUCAGAUACAGGCUGGGCAAAGUCUGCAUGGAGUAGUGUUUUUUCUCCAUGGAUCCAAGGAGCAUGUGUAUUCACACACUAUUUACCCCGUUUUGAGCCAACUUCUAUUUUGCAAACACUCUCCAAGUACCCCAUCACAGUCUUCUGUUCAGCACCAACUGCAUACCGAAUGCUUGUACAGAAUGAUAUGACGAGCUAUAAGUUUGAAAGCUUAAAGCACUGUGUGAGUGCUGGGGAACCAAUUACUACUGAUGUGACUGAACAAUGGAGAAACAAGACAGGCCUGGAUAUUUAUGAAGGAUAUGGACAGACUGAAACGGUGCUAAUCUGUGGAAAUUUUAAGGGAAUGAAAAUUAAACCUGGCUCAAUGGGAAAACCUUCUCCUGCUUUUGAUGUUAAGAUUGUAGAUGGAAAUGGCAAUGUUCUACCUCCUGGACAAGAAGGGGAUAUUGGCAUUCAAGUUCUACCUAACCGACCAUUUGGCCUUUUUACUCAUUAUGUAGAUAAUCCUUCAAAAACAGCUUCAACUCUACGAGGCAAUUUCUAUAUUACUGGGGACAAAGGGUAUAUGGAUGAAGACGGAUAUUUUUGGUUUGUUGCAAGAUCAGAUGAUAUCAUAUUAUCCUCUGGUUAUCGAAUUGGACCAUUUGAGGUAGAAAGUGCCCUGAAUGAACACCCUUCAGUUGCAGAGUCAGCUGUUGUCAGUAGCCCAGACCCCAUCAGAGGAGAGGUAGUAAAGGCUUUUAUUGUUCUGAACCCUGAUUACAAGUCACAUGAUCAAGAACAACUAAUAAAGGAGAUUCAGGAGCAUGUUAAAAAAACUACGGCACCUUACAAAUAUCCCAGAAAGGUAGGUAUCCUAAUUAUGAUGAGUAUUUGCUCAGUGUUACGGAAAAUUUCAACUGUUUAUUUUUACCUCUUAAUGACUAUUUUCUUCACUCAUGUUAUAUACCACAUGUCCCAAACUGAACUGAUGACAUGUGGGUGAGAAUCAGAAUCUUUGAGGUAAAAAUGAAACCCUAAACCUAUUUUGUUUGGUCCUUUGGACUUGCAGUAAAUACUUAAUACCAAGACAAAUUUCCUCAAUAAUACCCUUUUCCUUUCUUUGGUUGUUAUCCAAAACCCAUUCCAAUGGGUAUUCUAAUUCUUUCACCUAGAAUUCAUAAUUGAACUGCUAUAUAAUUGGCUUUAUGUAAAGACAAAAAUUUCCAGGCUAAUUUUCUUCCCCUUGAUGCCAACAGGUAGAAUUUAUUCAAGAGCUGCCAAAGACUAUCAGUGGGAAGACAAAAAGAAAUGAACUGAGGAAGAAAGAAUGGAAAACAAUUUAAAUGUGUUUCAUUAACUACCAUAUCGAUAAAACAAACACAUUAUCUGCCAAUCUCUAGAAACCACAAGAUGAUGGAGAGGUGAUAAAAACUGUGGUAUUAUGCUCAGAAACUGUUAAUUUAAAAUAUCUUGUAGUUAUGAUAUCAGAAGCUAAAUUUUGAAAUAAAAUGUUUGGUAAAUUCCUC